AUGACCAACCAAAGCACCCAAGGAGUCAUAACUUGCAAAGCUGCGGUGUUGAGAAAAUCCGGGGAGCCAUUGGAGGUGGAGGAGAUUCAAGUCGACCCACCCAAAUCGUCUGAGGUUAGGAUCAAGAUGUUGUGUGCAAGUAUGUGCCACACGGACAUACUAUGUUGCAAUGGCCUCCCUGUUCCUUUGUUCCCUCGGAUUCCUGGACAUGAAGGUGUAGGCGUGAUUGAGAGCGUUGGGGAUGGCGUGACGAAGCUGAAGGCAGGGGACACCGUGAUGCCACUCUACCUUGGCGAGUGUGGCGAGUGCCUCAACUGCAAGUCUGGUAAAACAAACUUAUGCCACAAAUACCCUCUCGGUUUUAGCGGCCUCAUGUCAGAUGGCACGUCGAGAAUGUCUGUAGGAGGGGAAAAAAUAUACCACCACUUCAGCUGCUCGACUUGGUCCGAGUAUAUUGUGAUAGAGGCUGACUACGCGGUGAAGGUUGACCCGAGAGUCUCCCUCCCACACGCCAGCUUCCUGUGCUGUGGCUUCACAACCGGGUUCGGGUCGACUUGGAGGGAGAUCACAAUCGACAAGGGCUCCACUGUGGCUGUCAUUGGCCUCGGUGCUGUUGGGCUUGGGGCUGUCAAAGGAGCUCAAAUGCAAGGGGCCUCCAAAAUAAUCGGGAUCGAUAUAAACGAAAUGAAGCAUGACAAGGCCAAAAAGUUUGGAAUUACAGAAUUUAUAAAUCCAAAGAGCUCUGAUAAAUCCGUGUCCGAUUUGAUCAAAGAGGCGACCGGAGGGCUCGGAGUGGACUUCUGUUUCGAGUGCACGGGCGUGCCAAAUUUGCUUAAUGAAGCCAUUGAGGGUUCAAAAGUGGGGCUUGGGACAGUUGUAUUUAUAGGGGCAGGGCUUAAUAAGAGUGGGGAGCUCAACUAUAUUCCUCUCUUAUGUGGUAGAACUGUCAAGGGUUCUAUCUAUGGUGGUGUAAGGACUCAAACAGAUCUCCCUCAAAUUGUUGAGAAAUGUGUCAACAAGGAAAUUGAUCUUGAUGAGCUGAUUACACAUGAGGUUUCACUUGCUGAGAUCAACAAAGGGUUUGAUUAUAUGAAAGAGCCCAACAGUGUGAAGGUUGUCAUCAAGUUUUAA